AUGGAGGGCUUGAAAGAGCCCUCUGAGCUCUCCAAAACACUUGAAACAACUAUGGAACAGAAAGAAAGCUUUCUGUUGUCCCAAUCAGAUGACAAACAUGGAGUUGAACUCAUGGCUUCAGACACUGAAAAGGGUGUCUCUCAGUUCUCCCAAACACUUCAAAAAACAACAGGUUCACAAAACCUGGAAACUCCUGUCAUUCUAGCUGAAGAUAAGCAAGCUAAUGAAAGAGUUCAAUGGGUACUUAAUGCACCAGAACCACCAGGUCUAUGGUGUAAGGUGCAGAACACCUUUAAUGAAUCUUUCUUUAACCUGAAGAGCAACUUUCAAGGUCUCAGGGAGCAUCCUUGGUCCAAAAUUGUGGGAAGUUUGUUCCCUAUCUUUACUUUAUUGUCUAAAGGAUACAAUGUGAAAAUGUUCAGGAAUGAUCUUUUGGCUGGUCUGACACUAGCCAGCCUCUGUAUUCCUCAAAGCAUUGGCUAUGCAACCCUGGCUAAGCUAGCUCCUCAGUAUGGUCUUUAUACUAGUGUUGUUCCACCGCUUAUCUAUGCUUUACUGGGCACUUCAAGAGAGAUAGCAAUUGGACCAGUGGCUGUGGUUUCUCUUCUUUUGUCCUCCAUGGUUCAGAAGCUGGAAGACCCUGCCGCGAAUCCUGUUGCCUAUACCGGACUGGUGAUCACUGUUACAUUUUUCACUGGUAUUUUUCAAUCUGCGUUUGGAAUGUUCAGGUUGGGAUUUCUGGCUGAUCUUCUUUCCCAUGCUGCUAUUGUUGGAUUCAUGGGUGGUGCAGCUAUCAUGAUUGGCCUUCAGCAGCUUAAAGGAUUGCUUGGAACUUCCAAGUUUACAAACAAAACUGAUAUUAUCUCUGUUCUAGCUGCUGUUUGGAGAUCAAUUCAUGAUUCAGUAAUUAUUUCUAGAGACUUGAGAAUUAACCAACAGCUUAUAAAGUGUCAGAAAUCUAACUUCUUUCUGUGUCUUGCAGUACUGGAGUCCUCACAAUUUGAUCCUUGGUUCCUUCUUUUUGAGCUUCAUACUAAUUACUAG